AUGCGUUGGAUGCUGCUGCUGCUGCUGCUGCUGCUGCUGCUGCUGCACCGAGGUGUGCUGGUACAGUUGAAGAACCGACACUGGCGCCUUAUCGUCAAAACAUUGGCGCUUGAGGAGUCAGCCGGACUGAUUCGUCAGUGUGAGUGUAAAUACAUAGCUAGCGGUUCUGCCAUAAACUCCACGGGUUAUAAUUGGCUCCUGGAGAUCAAAACGUCCACUGCAGUUGUUUUUACGCACGACAGUGUUUCAGCUGCUGCUGCUGCUGCACCGAGGUGUGCUGGUACAGUUGAAGAACUGACACUGGCGUCUUAUCGUCAAGACAUUAGCGCUGGAGGAUUCUGA